UUCCGGCUCUGGGCUGGCGCCAGAUUCCUCGCGGGGGCGGGGUCGCAGCAGCUGCGCCCACUGGGCUCUUCGGGGCGCGGGCGAGGGCUGCGGCGAUUCGAGGUGCAGUUCGGGCUUCCCCUGGCGCAUGCGCGACCAGAGCGGCAGGCUGGGAGCCCCCAGACCCUUGGUCAGCAUCCCUCCGGUUUCCAACCUUGGUCCUGAUGGGGCCUCUGUACAGAGACUGCUGCUCUUGUCCUCCGACACCGAGGAUGACAGACAAGGCAACACCUGUUUGGGGACAAGGAACCCCCCCCACGGGACUGGGCAAAUUAUAAAGACCAAAAAGAAAGUGACUGCAGAAUGCUGGCGCACGAAGGAUGACAGCUCUCUUCUGCCCUUUUCUUCCAGUAGUGAUGAAGAAUUUGAAAUAUUUUUAUCUAGAAUGAAGACUCCAAAAUUCCUAGCACAUCAAGUCUCUAAGAAACAAAAUAGCAGGGAAGACUUCUCCGAUUUUACAAGAAAGAAUGAGACAAGCAAGAAGGCAGUGAAGAAUGUUCAGACCCAGAAGAAGCCAGUGACUUCUAGAAAGGAAAACACUUACUCUCAGGAAUGGCUGUAUCCAGAGAUUUUAAGUGACAGUAAACAUGAUGAUUCUGUUUUCAUAAAAAGUACAUGGUCUGACCACUGCCAAGAAAUUGAAGCGAGGGGCUUGAAGGACAACCUGCAACACAUAGAGCAAACUCCUUCACAAAAACAGAAAGAGUUUGAUAUUUCCAAAUAUAGUCCAAAUUCAUCUUUUGAUGGGAAAGAGAGAGAUUGGGAGGAGCGUGCACGGAACAACCCGCAGACCAUGGCACUACGACAUAGUGCAGCAUUAGGGCAAGACAGCUCAGAGGAUGAAUUUGAAUCUUUAAUAGAGCGGAUAAAGAAGCGAAGCAUACCACUGACUCCAAGUUUAACUUCAAACAAAACCACUCUAUCCCAAUCAGCCACCACAGAACUGGGAAACUUCAAGCCUCCUUGUGACAGUGCACAACACUCUGUUAAGAAAGAGAGAAUCGUGACACCAAAGUCAGAAUCCUCUUCAUCUAAAGAAAUGCCUUCUCUGAAGGUUCCUAAGAGCGCAUCAGUCUAUUGUGUACAUUCAUCAGAUACAGAGGAAAGGUGGAAUCUGUGUGGAGUGCCAGGCUGUUUCUUACAAGAGUUGUCAAACCCAGCAUCCCAAUAUGUGAAAAAUUUCAGGAAAAAAAAGGAUGAGUUGACACAGAAGCUUUACACUCUUUAUAACAACACCAUCUUUGAGCAAAAGUUGCCAGAGAAAAUGGAAAUAGUCUGGAACAAAAAGAUGCGGAAGACAGCAGGGUACUGCGUCACUGGACAAACAAAAAGUCCUGAGGUACAACGUUAUGCUCGGAUAGAGCUCUCAGAGAAAGUUUGUGACUCUGCAGACCGGCUUCGAGACACAUUGAUCCAUGAGAUUUGCCAUGCAGCCACUUGGGUAAUCAACGGAAUUCGUGAUGGCCACGGGCAGUUUUGGAGAUUCUAUGCUAAGAAAUCAACUGUGGUUCAUCCAGAGCUGCCAGUGGUGACACAAUGCCACAGUUAUGAGAUUAAAUACAAGUUCACUUAUAAAUGUUCUCUGUGCAAAAACACGAUUGGGCGCCAUUCCAAGUCACUGGACACAGAACGCUUUGUGUGUGCACUCUGUAAGGGACAGUUAGUCCUGUGCCAACCCACACGGAAGGAUGGUACUGCAGCUAGAGCACAGCUAACACCAUUUGCAAAGUAUGUGAAAGAAAACUAUGGAUCUACUAAAAAAGAACAGUGUGGGCUGAGCCAUGCAGAAGUCAUGCGUAAGCUCAGUGCUGAGUUUGCUUUAAAGACUAGGCUCCUAGAUUCCUGAAUGCCUCUUGGGAUGUAUACACUGGCCCUGUGCUAUGUAAUCAUUGUUUGUACCAUUAGAGAAAAUAGCUAGGUUCUGGUUGGUUAACAUUGAAGAUCUAUUAAAGGUUUCUAAGCAUC